UAAAGGGCGAGGUUACCCAGGUCAUACAAUUAAAAAAAAAAAGAUGUUAAAAACAAGAACUAAGCUACUAACUGAAAUAAACAAGUGGUAAAAUCUUAAGUUUCUAAAAUACUUUUUUUGUAUGUACAAAAUCGAGUUUCUAAGAUGGUGUCUUACUUCACUUUAGAUGCCACUGGUGAAGUGACAAAUUUUCAGAAGGAAAUUUCAAAUAUGAUGCAUGGUUGUGGUGACAAUCCAAAUCCAAAUGCUGCUACAGUUGUUCUUGUAGAGAGUAUUGUUUUACAACAAUUGCGUUCCAUGCUACAAGAAGCAUUAAAUCAUUCCAUUAUGCGAGGAGCUAAAUCUAUAUCAAACUUUGAUAUAAUAUACUUAAUGAGGAAGAAUCCUGUGAAGUUAAAGAGAUUGCAUGAUUAUCAAAUUAAGUUAGAAUAUAUAGAGAAAAAUAGUCAAACCCAAGCUACCGUUAGCUUAUCCACAGCACCUAUUUUAGCAAGUGUAGAAGAUGAUAAAGAUAUAACUGCUAAAAAGAAACGCACACAUAUUGAAUUUAUCAAGGAACUUGAUGAAGCAGAUGAAGUAAGUCAAAUAAAGUUUGAUGUUAUAGAUUAUUUGCGUAAAGUAAGAGCAUCAAAACUUACAGAAGCCAUGUCGUUUGAAAAAUAUGAGGCUUACCAUAAAGCACGGUGUAGUUCCUUCCGCGGUGGUUAUGGUACAAAUAAAGGUUUUAUAAAACUUGAAAAAUGGGUUAACCCCAAUAAAGAAUUAAAAAUAACCCUUCAAGCAUUGGAAAUACUUUGCUUCUUAGCUUAUGAGACAGUAGCUGAAAUAGUUGAUGCUGUUUUUCUUAUUAGGCAAGAUAGCAAAAAGAAAUCAGGGGAUCCAUUUAGUAAGUUUGAAGGUGGUUAUUUCUGUAAUCCUCUUAGUCUUAAUAAUUCAGUAUACAUUAAGUCAGGCUAUGAGGGAGUCCAAGCAAUUACAGUUGCAGAAGUUAGAGAAGUUUUAAGGAGGUACUUCACACCAAAAAUUGGAAUGAAUGGAUUGUUUUAUAGAAACAUGAGUAAUGAUUUGCCAAUAAGAUAUAUUGCUAUUUAAGUUUUUAUUGGUAAAGAUGAGCCUACAGAUUUUAAGUUCCCCAAGACUGCAUGAAUGAAUGGACUGAAUGGUUAAUGGGUGGUUUAGCAUAAUGACAUAUUGUUUUCAUUUAUAAACAUAACAUUAAAGUUUAUAAUUA